UUGUCUUUCAGUGAAGAUUGUGGCAGGAGACCCUAAAAAGAGUUAUACGAAACAUUUUUUUUUUGCAUUCCUGCCUUGCAGGCUUUCAACUACGUUGAUUAAUCUACGAAACACGACAAUGAAGAUUGAGGAGGUAAAAAGUACCACGAAAACCCAGCGGAUCGCUUGCCACAGUCACGUCAAAGGACUGGGGUUGGACGAAGCCGGGAACGCUAAGCAAACAUCGUGUGGUUUAGUCGGACAGGAGGCAGCGAGAGAGGCAUGUGGCAUCAUAAUUGAGCUGAUUCGCUCAAAGAAGAUGGCAGGGAGAGCAGUUUUACUGGCUGGGCCCCCUGGUACAGGAAAGACUGCCUUAGCUUUAGCUAUGGCACAGGAACUGGGCAACAAGGUUCCGUUCUGCCCCAUGGUGGGCAGUGAGGUCUAUUCAUCCGAGAUCAAAAAAACAGAAGUACUGAUGGAGAAUUUCAGGAGGGCUAUUGGGCUGCGUAUCAAAGAGACAAAGGAGGUGUAUGAAGGGGAGGUGACAGAGCUUACCCCCUGUGAGACUGAGAAUCCAAUGGGUGGCUACGGAAAAACCAUCAGCCACGUCAUCAUCGGGUUGAAGACAGGCAAAGGCACCAAACAACUCAAGCUCGAUCCUAGUAUUUAUGAGAGUCUUCAGAAGGAGCGGGUAGAAGUUGGAGACGUCAUCUACAUUGAAGCGAACAGCGGUGCGGUCAAGCGACAGGGACGAUGUGACACUUUUGCAACGGAGUUUGACUUAGAGGCAGAGGAAUAUGUGCCACUUCCCAAAGGUGACGUUCACAAGAAAAAGGAGAUUGUCCAAGACGUCACGUUGCAUGACCUGGAUGUUGCAAAUGCCAGACCUCAGGGAGGACAGGACAUUUUGUCCAUGAUGGGACAACUGAUGAAGCCAAAAAAGACAGAGAUCACAGACAAACUGCGUGUUGAGAUCAACAAGGUGGUCAAUCGCUACAUCGACCAAGGUGUUGCUGAGCUUGUCCCUGGUGUGCUGUUUGUGGAUGAGGUGCACAUGUUGGACAUCGAAUGCUUCACCUACCUCCACCGAGCAUUGGAGAGCACCAUCGCCCCCAUUGUCGUAUUUGCCUCUAAUAGGGGAAACUGUUUAAUCAGAGGAACAGAGGACAUUAGCUCUCCACACGGGGUUCCAUUAGACCUGCUGGACAGAGUCAUGAUAAUUCGUACAAUGUUGUACACACCUCAGGAGAUGAAGCAGAUCAUCAAGAUUCGGGCUCAGACUGAGGGGAUUAAUAUUAGUGAAGAAGCUCUGACGCACCUGGCAGAAAUUGGUGCAAAGACCACCCUCAGGUACGCUGUACAGUUGCUGACGCCGGGCCGCCUGCUAGGCCAUGUUCAGGGCAAAGAAUGUGUGGAGAGGGAGCAGAUAGAAGAAAUAAACGAGCUGUUUUACGACGCCAAGUCAUCCGCCAAAAUCCUCCAAGAUCAGCAUGAAAAGUUUAUGAAAUGAACCAGAAUUCUUCACUUAAGAUUCACAGGGCUGUAUGUUAUCUACCAGUUGUUACAUGGUUCACUUUAUUUCUCCAUCCCUAUUUCCCAUACUUCCCCACCAUGACUCAUCCUAGUGUUGCUGGCUGUGUCUGAUUUACUGUUUUGUUGUAAUAAAUUUUAAGGGUUUUGUUUUCCCCUACAUUCUGU